CUUCCUCCUGCAAUUGUUGUCUCAGUUCUGCUAUUAUUUGGUAUGCUCCUUCACUGUGAGAACGUUUGGGCAGCAACCUAUGCGGUUGGAGAUGAUAACGGUUGGGACUUCGGCGUUGAUACUUGGCCUAAUGGAAAGACCUUUGGGCCUGGUGAUGUACUCGUGUUCAACUACGGCCCAGGGGAGCACGACGUGAAUUCUGUAAACCAACAAGGUUAUGAUACAUGCACGGUAUCAAGCGGUGCAAAAACAUAUGAAACUGGAAGUGAUAGAAUCAAGCUUGUGAAGGGAAAAAACUAUUUCAUUUGCAGCUUUCUGGGGCAUUGCACAAACGGCAUGAAAAUAGCUAUCAAUGCAUUGUAA